UUGUCUGUUGCUAUCAGUUGUCAUUCAAGUGUUGAAAGAGCACUUAUGCAAUUACCAAAGUAAAGAAACACUUCAGAAUAAGAUGAGUUGUGGAAUCAUGAACGAUUUUUCGUUGUGAUAUCUUAACAUCCCUUAUAAUUUGCAUGAUGAAUAUAUUUUAGAAAAUUUUCAAAACAUGGACACAUUUUGCAACAUACUUUAUAUUUUUUUCCACAUUUGACCCACCUUAGAUAAAUUUUUGGCUACGCCACUGCCCAAGAGCUUGUUCAUUUUGGUCUGACAGAAACACCCAGGAGCGUCCAUGGUUAACUUUAACAUAAUCAUGGAUUUGGUUCCAUUUCUUCUUCAAAUAAUCAAAGUAUGAUCAACACGUUCUUUAGAUAACAAUGCCCCAUAUUGUGAGAAGAGGGGAAAAAUAGAGACCAAAUUGAGAUCCCAUGCCCUAACGUUUUGGAACUUAAGGGGCACUAAUGCACUAUUUCUAUGUAGACUUAAAUUCAGAGACUUGGAGAUGCAUACUCCACCGUCGAUUAACUGACCCACUUCAAACACAAUCAAGUAAUCAUCCAAUGUUUCAGCACCUGAACGUCACUACAAGAAUAUACAUCUUCACUCAUGGAAAAUUCAUGUCACGGGUAUACUCUAAUGAUUGAAAGUAAAUUAUAUAUAACCGUAGAAUAUUCCCGUAACCGUUGGUUGCUAAACAAUAAUAUGAGAUGGUUCCCAUGAAAAUUGGUUGGUGGGCGGGAAGGGAAAAUAAAAAGUUUCAAAUGGUGCAUUUCUUUGACGGUAUCCCAAAAAAAUUCCACUCCUGAAAAUUUUCAACUUGCCCCCUCGUUUGCCGGCCUAGUCUAUUUGGCUUUAUUUCUACUUUUAAUUUUGAGAGCAGGCAUUACUCCCGAGCUCAACCCCCCCCCCCCCCCCCCAUCUAUGAAGAACAAAAUCCAUAAACACUUCUCCUUCCUAUUUCUUGAAGGCACUCUCCGCUUCCUCAGCGAUUCCCCCGAGGAUCCACCCUUCGCUCCCACCGCAGCUAACCGCCAACCCUUCCCACUCACAACCAUCACCACUUUCCCAACACUAUUUACAGAUCUCACCCAGAUCCCUCUUCCAACCUUCAAUAGCAACCGACCAUCAUCCCCACUUCUUCGAUGCUGUCAAUCUCAACGACCUUCACCAAGUACGCCGCUGCAUCUCUCGCUGAUUAUUUUCCCUGCCAUAGCAAUUUCUGGCGGCAUCUUGUUAAUUUCAUGUUUAGAUCUUUUAAUUUAUUUGUUCGAUUUGCUUUGCUUGAUUCUAAAGCAAGUUUCGUUAUGGGUUUUUGGGUUAUUGUCGGGAGGACAUGGAGCAAAGAAAGAGAGGAAAAGGAGUCGCCGGUACUCAAUGCCAAUGGUGAUGAGGAUGACCCCGGAACCGAUGGAUGCUAAAGUUUUUUAUUUUUAGAGACUGAGGUGAUAUCCCUCCUCUUUUUUUAUCCAGAAAAAAAUAAUUGAUGGUACUCAAACCUACACCAAACUUAGUAGAAUUGGGAAUUUUACGCGGCUAGUAAUUUGAAUUUUUAUGCUUGUUUAGAAGAUUUGUUAGGCUGAAAUUUCCUUUUUAUUUUGGUUUUCCUAAUGUGGUUGUUGGGUUAUGUAUUUUGAUUAGCUAAAAGAAUUUGAACAACUGAAAUCAUAUCGUAGUCACCGCUGGCUUCGUCCCCAUCUCAUGAUUUGUUUCAACGUCAGCAACCUCCAUUCCAUGCACCAUAUUUUUCACAUAUGCCUCCACUUUGGUAUGUACUCCCCUUGGGAUUAUAUGAGAUUGAUUUAGAAUUUUAAAGCACCCUCACAAUCCAAAGAAUAGUAAUGUGGGUCACUCUUUCUAUUUUGUUUACAAUGAAUUGUUCUUUGCAUGAUGUAGAUGAAUAUGGCCGAAGAGCUACGACACAUGGGAUUUGAUGGUGACAAGUUAGGUGCUUCAAGUUAAUUCAAGUUAAAAUUGAUUCUUCAUGUCACUUAUUGGGAUAGGCUUUGAUUUUGUCUAUUUUUCUCCUUUUUUACCUUUGGAUUGUAUAGGAAAGAAUUUAUUUUUCUUCCAUGAUAAAAUGAUAAGAUGGCAGAAUUUGCUGCAGUUAUAAAGCAGCAAAAGGCAUAUAUAUUUGCUCAUAAUUGGCUUGGGUUUGCUCGUCGUCCAAAUGCUUUUGUAUAGCUUGAGCUAGUAUUUGUUGUUUGCUUGUUCCUUGGUUUUUUGUAGUGACUUGUAUUAUGUCUUUUGAUGUCUUUUGAUGCUUCUUUGUAGCAUAGCUGCAACAGUACGAGAACUUCAGCAAGAAGAUGUUGGGUAUAACUCCAGCAGUACCAGAGCUAGCUCCAACCAAGUAACGAAGAGUUACUUUGUGGAAGCAGGGUACAAAUGAAACAUGUCCUCUUAUGUUUAGUUGGAUUGGAAUCUAGAUAUUAUUUUUUCCCCAGUGUGAUUAUGUGCAACAAGUAGUGGAGAAAUUUUAUGUGACUGUUAGGUUGGUCAUAUGACCCAAGCAAAGGGUGGUUUGACGAAAUCGAAGAGGCUAUCCGAAGGAUCUUUAAGAAGAGUAGUUUGCAAGCUAAGGAGUUGAUGAAGAGAAUGGAAUCACUACUUGACUCUAAGGGACUAGAGUGUCCUGAAUUUACAACAGACUAGAGUCUUUUGUAUCUAAGGAUUUGUUUACAACAAGUAUGCAUAAGUUGUAUGUAGUGCAGUUUAUAGUUGGUGACAGAUUGUGAAAAGAGUCUUAUUGAUCGUAUUUAUGAAAUAAAACCUAUUGAUUAUUAUCAUCACUUAAGUUUCCUGAUUAGUUGUUACGUACACCCUAACAUUUGGGUUCCGGUUCGGUCAAAAUAAUGAACGGUUUGAUCGACUGUUCUAAUUAAUAGCAUAUGAAUUUCAUGACAAUUCUAAUUAAAGAGCAUUAGGAUGGACCCGGGCCCCAGAAACCGGCCUUCUAUUUUGCAAUUCGUGCCUCUUUGCAUGAGGGAGGUCAGAUGAAAUCCAUUUUAGCAUGAGGUCUAGCAUAUUCCCGCCGCAAACCGAGUCAAUCAGCUGCUUGUCUUCUGUGAAGAGUGCAUGGUAGAAUGUGCCCACCUUGAAGGUGUCAGUAAAACCAUGGUUGGGACACUUUAGGAAAAGACUAGUGUAUCUUUCCCAAGCAUCCCGAAUGGUUUCAUUUUUAUCCUGGGCAAAGUGGGUGAUUUGCUUUUGCAGGUCCGUCGUCUUCGACGGAUGAUGAUAGCGGGUGAGGAACUUGUCCGUCAGGUUGGCGAACGUGGUGAUCGAUCCCGGAGGCCGAGUGUCCAGCCACUCCUUUAAAAGUUAUUGGCUGGAACUUGAUGGUUCUGAAUGGGCGACCUCAUGUCUGCGGCUCUGGCGGUCUAGUAGUACCCAUGGUGUGCUUAUCGGGGACAACUGCGACAUCGUUUGGAUCCCCCCAUGUCUUCCUCCUGGUUGAUGUGCAGCUGCUCCAAAGCUUCCUCCGCAGCCAUUCGUGCCUUCAAAGCUUGCUUGACGUUCUUACAAGUCCGUUCGAGCUCUUGGUCUAACGAAAAUAGAUCUCCCGACUGGCUACGGGUCAUGCGCUACCUGCACACAGACCGCAAACACAACCCGUAAGGGCACACAGGUGGAAGAGAGAGAAAUGCAGUAAAGAAAAUGCUAAAGUAAUAGACGUGCACGUUUCUACAAUAACCUAGGUCCCCGGCAACGACGCCAAAAACUUGACACGCUACGACACAAUACCAAACUGCGACCAAGUGUAAUCGCAGAAUGGAAAUACAGAAUAGUGGCAAGUUAACUUUAUCAACCCGGGGGCCUAGAUAUACUGCCUACUCCGUGAUUACCUAUUAUCUAGCGGGACUAAGUUUAGUAGAGUGAUUGAAAUGAAUAGCAGUAAGAAAUCAAGAAACUGUUCGAAGUUCUUAAGCAAGGGAAGAGUCACUCGGGAAUGAGUCCUCCUAUCUCCUUAGUUAGGUCAAAGUUGUAACUACCUUUGGUUGAUUUAUUGUUGAUUAAACUGCUAAAAAUCCAACAGUAGCUUGGAAUCUCUUAAGCUGACCAAGCCCUCUCAGACAUACUACCCGGCAGACGACUAGUCUUCACUGUGAUAGAACGCCGAGGCAAUAAACACAGAACUCCACUACUAAAAUUGGAUUCUAGUAUAAAGCAGUGAAUCGAUUAACUCUCGUAUAACCAAUUCACUACAACCGAUUGAGGAGACUCUAACAACCUAAUCAAAUUCUAUCUAUCUCAGGUUGCAGCAAAAAUCAAGAAAAGUUGAUCGGGCUUUAAUUGACUCAAUAAAACAUGCCUCAAUCGAUUAUAACCAAGCAGUAUAGCAUCCAAACGUCAUUACAACAAUGAUCCCUAACACAUGGAACUAGGGUUAUUCAUACCCAAGUGAGAGAAAAUUCUACUCCAUAUAUAUAGAGAGAGAGGAAAACAGAAUACAAAGAAGUCAUACUCAUAACAAUGGGGAGAAUCUGCUCUGUGAUGUCAAUCUUCACUCCUGGGGAUGGAAUCUGUGCUUCAAUGGUGAGAAAUCCACUCUAAAUAGCUCCUAGGGUUUGUUCUUCGCACUUUCUCUCUCUAAAACUCUGUUUUUUUCUCCAAAAAGUCGAAUCCCCUUCGUUUGGCUCAAAUCUGCCUCUUUCAACUCGAUUCUGGGCGAAAUACAGGCAUAAAUACGAUCGUAAUUCUUCCAUGUCCGUAUUUUGCCCAAAACGCGCGUUUUGGUUAAGUCUCGGCGCAUCCAAGGCUCCUCCCGGCAGUGAAAUUAUAGGCUAGACACUGAGAAAUACGAUCGUAUUUUUGGGAAUACUGACUUUAUUUUGUACCUGAGCCAUCACUAGGCUCGACAUAAGAAAUACUGGCAGUAAUUUGUGAAUUACGGUCGUAAUUUAGGGAAUACAAGCAGUAAUUUGUGAACUACGACCGUAUUUUUAGGGAGUCUGCCCGUAUUUCAUUCUCAGCUCCACUUUUGAGAGGCUUUUGAGUGACCAAAUGACCUCCGAUUGACCCGAAACUUACUUAAACCCUUGACCGGAAAUAUGACAAAAUAACACAACCUAGCGUAAAAUAGGCCAAGACACCACAAAUUCGAGCCAAAACGGUUAAGAAACAAGGAUGCAAACAUGUGCAAAUACGACGCUAUCAUCUAGUCAAGGCUUUUAGUAAGCAGUAGCAUUAGAGACUGCUUAGUUAUUACAUUUUAUGAUUAUGAGUAUAGACUUGAGAUUCGGAUUAAGAUUUUAUUUUAGAGGUUUGCCCAAGUGUUAGGGCUUUGUUUUAAGAAAUUAAACUUUAUUCU